AUGUCCCUCCUGCACUCGCUCCCCGCCCCGGCGCACGUCCCCUUGGCCAAGCCGGCAGCUAAGGGCGCGAGCGGCGAUUCCGCCGACCAGGCCGCGACCGGCGCGCCCGGGCGCGAGCCCCCGCCGUACCUGCGACGCAAAGGGUUCAUCCCGCGCUGCCCGGAAGAUUUCGGCGAUGGCGGGGCGUUCCCGGAGGUGCAUGUGGCGCAGUACCCGCUGGAGAUGGGCCGGCGGGACGGGGCCGGUGGCGCGGGCAAGACGCUGAGCGUAACGGUGGGGGCGGACGGCGAGGUGAGCUACGACGCGAUCGUGCGGCAGGGGUCGAAUGGGAAAAAGGUGGUGGCGGCGUCGCACGCGGAGCUGCUGCCCAAGGUGGACGCAUUGGCGAGCGGGGAGGGCCUUGAGAGGCCGGGGGCGGACGCGGAGCAGGAGACGGUGAAGGACACGUGGGAGGCGCUGCAGCGGGUGGUAGAGGCCAAGAUCUCGGCGGCGCAGCCCAAGACGCUGGGCCCCCGGCCCUCGGCGCCGCAGUAUAUCAAGUACACGCCCUCGCAGAGCGGUCCCCAGUUCAACUCCGGCGCCAAGCAGCGGAUCAUCAAGCUGCAGGACAUGCCCAGCGAUCCCCUGGAGCCUCCCAAGUUCAGGCACAAGAAGGUGCCCGUGGGGCCGGGAGAGCCGCCUGUGCCGAUCAUGCACUCCCCCCCUCGGCCGGUGACUGUCAAGGACCAGCAGGAUUGGAAGAUUCCGCCCUGCGUGAGCAACUGGAAGAACGCCAAAGGGUACACCAUCCCGCUGGACAAGCGGCUGGCAGCGGACGGGCGCGGGCUACAGGAGACCGCCGUCAGCGACAAGUUUGCAGCAUUCACCGAGGCGCUGUACUCUGCGGAGCACAAGGCCAGGGAGGCCCUCCACAUGCGCAACAAGGUGCAGAAGGAGCUCAUGGCCAGGGAAAAGGAGAAAAAGGAGCGGGAGCUGAGGGAGCUGGCCCAGCGGGCGCGGUUGGAACACGGCGGGGUGCCGCUCAGCGCCCGAGUGGAGGCCUCUGGAGCGCCGGGAUUGGCGACCAGGAAUGAUGCUGAGCCGCCCGUGAGGGAGACCCGGGAGGAGAGGGAGGAGCGCAGACGGCGGGAUGACAUCAGGGAGGAGCGGAGGCGGGAGAGAGAGAGGGAGCGGCGCCUCGAGGAGCGCGACUCGAGGCUGGGGAAGAAGAGCAAGACGACACGGGACCGCGAGAGGGAUGUUACUGAGAAGGUGGCGUUGGGAAUGGCGCAUGUUGGUGGCAGCAGCGGGGAGGCGCUCUAUGACACCCGUUUGUUCAACCAGGACAAGGGGAUGGCCUCUGGCUUUGGGGCCGACGACUCAUACAAUGUCUAUGAGGGGGGGCUGUUUGCUGAUCGGGCAAAGGGCUUGUACAGACCAAGGGCCACACAGGAUGAUGAUGUGUAUGGGGGGCAUGGCAAGGAAGGCACCAGGACUGACCGCUUCAGGGCGGACAAUGCCUUCCAAGGCACUGAGGAGCCGACAGCUGAACGCGGUGGGCAUGAGGGACCUGUGGAGUUUGAGGCAGAUCCUUUUGGCCUGGAAGAUUUUGUCACCACUGUGAAGGCUAGCUCAAGGCCAAAGCCACUGGAUGACAUAGGCAGGAGGGGGGGAAUGAAGGCUGCUGCAGGCAGCUCCUAUGAGGAGCUGUCAUCGAGGGGUCACCACUCUUCCAGGUCAAGGAUGCAGUUCGAGUCGGGGCGAAGAUAG